CUUCCUAAACUCUCCCGAAAUGAGAAACCUGAAAAGAUCCCACAGGUGAGUUAUGCCUCCACGGCUCCAGAGCUGAGUGAUAACACGCGCUAUGACUUCUUCUCCCGCGUCGUGCCUCCGGACACCUACCAGGCACAGGCAAUGGUGGACAUAGUCAAAGCCAUGCGCUGGAAUUAUGUCUCCACAGUAGCAUCAGAGGGCAACUAUGGAGAGAGUGGUGUGGACGCCUUCAUACAGAAGUCCCGCGAAGACGGAGGUGUGUGCAUCUCUCAGUCAGUGAAGAUACCACGAGAACCUAAGCUUGGAGAGUUUGACAAGGUAAUCCGUAGACUGUCAGAGAACCCCAACGCCCGGGUUGUCAUUCUCUUUGCCAACGAAGAUGACAUUAGGCAGAUUCUUCAAGCAGCUAAGAAGGCUAACCAGACAGGACAUUUUAUAUGGGUGGGGUCAGACAGCUGGGGGUCUAAGAUCUCCCCCAUCCUGAACCAGGAGGAGAUGGCAGAAGGGGCUGUCACGAUCCUACCUAAACGGCAGUCCAUCCGAGGGUUUGAUCGCUACUUCAUCAGCAGAACUUUGGAUAACAACAGAAGGAAUAUUUGGUUUGCAGAGUUCUGGGAAAACAACUUCCAGUGCAAACUCAGUCGACACGCUCUGAAGAAAGGAUCCGGCAUCAAAAAGUGCACAAACCACGAGCGGAUCGGGAAGGACUCGUCCUAUGAGCAGGAGGGGAAGGUCCAGUUUGUGGUUGAUGCAGUUUACGCCAUGGCUCACGCUUUACACAACAUGCAUAAGGAGCUCUGUCCAGGGAAAGUGGGCCUCUGCUCCAAAAUGGAAACCAUCAAUGGAACCAUGUUGCUCAAGUUCAUUCGCAACGUCAACUUUACAGGAAUUGCUGGCACUCCAGUGAUCUUCAAUGUGAACGGAGAUGCCCCUGGUCGCUAUGAGAUCUAUCAGUACCAGAUGAAACACAACACCACAGAAUACAAGAUCAUCGGCCACUGGGCAGACCAGCUCCAUUUAGAAACUAAGGAGAUGCGGUGGCCUGGUGGGACAUGGCAGGUACCCCAGUCUAUCUGCAGUCAGCCCUGUCAUCCUGGGGAGAGGAAGAAAACAGUGAAGGGUGUCCCCUGCUGUUGGCACUGUGAGCGCUGUGAUGGCUACCAGUACCAGGCCGACACCUACAGCUGUAAGAUGUGCCGCUUUGACCUGCGGCCCAACGAGAACCACACCGCCUGCGAGGCCAUCCCGAUCGUCAAGCUGGAGUGGAGUUCCCCCUGGGCCGUCAUCCCCGUCCUCAUCGCUGUGCUGGGCAUCAUGGCCACCAUGUUUGUGGUGGCCACCUUCAUCCGCUACAACGACACCCCCAUUGUAAAGGCAUCAGGGCGCGAACUCAGCUAUGUGCUGUUGACGGGCAUCUUCCUGUGCUACGCCACCACUUUCCUCAUGAUCUCAGCGCCUGACGUUGGAAUCUGUUCCCUCCGACGGAUCUUCCUAGGUCUGGGAAUGAGUAUUAGCUAUGCAGCGCUGCUCACCAAGACCAACCGUAUCUAUCGCAUCUUUGAGCAGGGCAAGAUGUCAGUGAGCGCCCCCAGGUUCAUCUCCCCAGCCUCCCAGCUGGUCAUCACCUUCAGCCUGAUCUCAGUGCAGCUCCUGGGGGUGUGCAUCUGGUUCGGUGUAGACCCAUCUCAGGCUAUCAUCGACUAUGAGGACCAGCGCACGUCCAACCCGGACAUGUCCCGUGGCGUGCUCAAAUGUGACAUCUCAGACCUUUCACUGAUCUGCCUGCUUGGCUUCAGCAUGCUGCUCAUGGUCACCUGUACAGUGUAUGCCAUCAAGACCCGGGGGGUGCCAGAGACCUUCAACGAGGCCAAGCCCAUCGGCUUCACCAUGUACACCACCUGCAUCGUCUGGCUAGCCUUCAUACCCAUCUUCUUUGGGACUUCACACUCAACAGAAAAGAUGUACAUCCAGACCACGACUCUGACCAUCUCCGUGAGCCUGAGUGCCUCUGUGUCUCUGGGGAUGCUCUACAUGCCCAAGGUCUACGUGGUCCUCUUCCACCCGGAGCAGAACGUUCCCAAGCGCAAGCGAAGCCUCAAGGCUGUGGUCACCGCGGCCACCAUGUCCAACAAGUUCCCCACUAAGGGCGGCCUCCGGCCCAAUGGAGAGGCCAAGUCUGAGCUGUGUGAAAGCCUGGAGACACAAGCAUUGGCCUCCAAGCAGACAUACAUCAGCUACAGUAACCAUGCCAUCUAA